GAAAAAAACCAGUUAAUGACAACUAAUGUAUGGCUGAAACAGGAAUGGAUCGACCAUAAAUUGUGCUGGAAUCCUGAAGAUUAUGGUGGGAUCACUGCAAUUCGGGUUCCGUCUGAAUCUCUCUGGCUCCCUGAUAUUGUUUUAUUUGAAAAUGCUGAUGGGCGAUUUGAAGGUUCAUUGAUGACAAAAGCAAUAAUUAAGUACAAUGGGAUAGUAGUCUGGAGACCUCCAGCCAGUUAUAAAAGUUCCUGCACGAUGGAUGUGACCUUCUUCCCAUUUGACAGGCAGAAUUGCUCCAUGAAAUUUGGAUCAUGGACCUACGAUGGCAGCAUGGUUGACUUGAUCCUAGUAGACGAAAAUGUGGAUAGGACAGACUUUUUUGAUAAUGGGGAAUGGGAAAUCCUAAAUGCCAAAGGAAUGAAAGGAAACCGAAAAGACGGAUUAUAUUCCUACCCAUUCAUCACCUAUUCUUUUGUUUUAAGACGCCUCCCACUGUUCUACACACUUUUCUUAAUAAUCCCAUGCCUAGGAUUAUCAUUUUUAACAGUGCUCGUUUUUUACUUGCCCUCAGAUGAGGGAGAGAAACUAUCACUCUCAACUUCCGUUUUAGUUUCCCUCACGGUUUUUCUCCUCGUCAUUGAAGAAAUCAUCCCCUCUUCCUCCAAAGUCAUACCCUUGAUUGGCGAGUACUUGUUGUUCAUCAUGAUUUUUGUCACCCUUUCAAUCAUUGUGACAGUUUUUGUAAUUAACGUGCACCAUCGUUCCUCAGCCACCUACCAUCCCAUGGCUCCCUGGGUGAGAAGACUUUUCCUUCAGAAACUGCCCAGGCUGCUCUUCAUGAAAGGACACGUCGAUCGCUGUGCCUUUGCGGAUCCGGAAGGAACUCUAAAACCAAAGCUGAGGAAGUAUAAAAACAAACAAUUGAAAGAUGGAGAAAAGGUAGUGGUGGCAUUCUUGGAAAAAGCUGCCGAUUCUAUUAAAUAUAUCUCCAGGCAUGUCAAAAAGGAGCACUUCAUUAGGCAGGUAGUGCACGACUGGAAGUUUGUAGCUCAGGUUCUUGACCGGAUCUUCCUGUGGCUAUUUUUGGUGGUGUCUGUGAUCGGGUCUGUUCUUAUCUUUACUCCUGCUUUGGAGAUGUGGUUGCAUAGUGGUUUGUAG